AUGCUUGAAGCAGUUACUUCGUAUGAUUUGUGGAUUUGGCAUGCUUACUUUGAUCCUGCAGGUUCGAACAACGACAUCAACGUCCUUAAUGAAUCAGAUUUCUUCGAUGAUCUACUCCAAGAUAGGGCCCCCGAAAUGCAAUAUACUAUUAACGGCGAAAAGUUUACGAAGGGAUAUUAUCUAGCUGACGAUAUUUAUCCUGAAUGGGCCAUACUAGUUAAGUCUUUUAAAUGCCUGAUGGACCCAAAGACUACAAAGUUCAAGCGCUACCAAGAAGCUGCAAGAAAGGAUAUCGAACAAGCUUUCGUGGUGCUUCAAGACAACGGUAGCGCAAUUUCUGACCUUGAGGAAGAUUAUUUGGCCAGUGAUCCAACUAAUAUGACAACACGUACGUGGGAUGAAAGGGUUGCAAAGAAAAUGCGGGUCUUCGCGGAGUUAGGUGAUAUAAGGACGCACCAUCGACUUCGCAAUGCCCUAGUGGAACAUGUUUGGAACCUUCUGAAAAAUUACCGUCAACGUUGA